UGCAGAGGAUGAAAUUGGCUAUCUGGAUGACAACGAACAAAAUGGCGGAGAAUGCGACGGUGACGAAGGUGAAUUUCAUCCAACGAAUGGCGGAGGCGAUGGCUGUCAUCCAGACGACGAGGCGAUGCAAGAAUAAACUGCAAAAUUUCCAUCCCCAGCAAAAACGAAAGAGAGAGAGAGAGAAGCACUGUGCACAUCACGUUUCCCAAUUUUUACGAUUUUUUGUCAAAAGCUUUUGUCCAAAAAAAAAUGCAGUGUGCUUCUGGGGGCUGGAUGAAGCACUUUUCUUUCUGUGAGAGGGGGAAAAAAUAUGACGCACAAAGGGGGCAUCAUGAACUUGCCGGAAACGGAUUCGGAAGACGAAUUGCCCCCCGGGUGGGAAGAACGCGCGACUUUAGACGGUCGUGUUUAUUAUACUGAUCAUUCGUCGAAAAGCACGCACUGGGUUCAUCCAAAAACUGGGAAAGAGAAGAUCAUUCCGAAAAGUUCGUUACCCUUUGGCUGGAAACAAGAAGUGGAUGAUGAAGGAAAAAUCACGUACGUGGAUACAGUCAACAACAGGAAAACUUUCACGGACCCGCGAUUGGCUUUUGCAGUGGAAAAGAAUGCUUCAGCUGGAGGAACAAAAUUCAGGCAACGAUUCGACUCUAGUUCAACUGCUAGUCAAGUCUUGCACGGACUUGAUUUGUCAGGAAAAAUUGCUAUUGUAACUGGUAAGUUCAUGUGA